UACUGAAAUUACACAUUUACGCCUCUUUGUUCUCUUCUUUAUGACUCGCGUACGAUAAAUUUCCUCAAAAUACGAUAAUUUUAACAUCUCCUAUCUCGCAACGCUGUUCCCAACAUGACGUGAAGGCAGCACGAGAUGUUGAAUUUCCCCCACAUGACGUGAAGGCAGCAUCAGAUGAUGAGAGUGGGUCAUCAGCUGCAGACAGUCAGGUGUGGUCGGCGGGACACUUUCCGAGCGGACACCACCGGGACAAAAACAACGUCUACCGCGGAUCUGUAAACAUGACCCACCGGAGGAGCACCGACUUCACCAAAUGACCAAACUUUUUUUUUUGAAAACGUGGGCUGAAGAAGCAAGAAGCCUCAUCCUCAUGUAAUGAAACAGGGAACGGUUUUACCCAACCAACACAGGAACUGAAGUGAAAGUAAAGGAUCAGCGCAAAGGAACCUCAGCAGAUGUAACCACUACUGACCGAGCUGCAGUGAAAAAGAGGAACGGCUCAGUUUCUCGCUUCUUUUUUUUUUUAAAAAAGGAGGAGGGGGGGAUGGAUUUAAUGAGUUCAGGGCAAUAACUGGAUUUAUAAUCACUUGUCAAAUCCAUCUCAUCAUGGAGGGUUAGAUGUGUGACAUUCAGUGUUUUGUUUUUUUUUAAACGCACAGAUCUCUGUGAAGACGCUCCGCAUCCCGAAGGAGAAAGAAAGCACAACAACACCACAACCGACAGAACUGUGAAUGUAAAAAUCGAUGAGUCGCCAUAAGUUGGAAAUCCCCCCCCCCCAACACCCCCUUCGCAGGAGUCUCAUCGGGUGGAACUGGAACUAAAGUGGAAGCACGCUGCCGCUCUCUCAGCUGUCAAGCAUGAAUCAUAAGUGCGGCAUGCUCCAGAAACGCCGCAUGUUCUGCUGCCUGCUGCGGUUUCACUUUGAAACCAAAAGACGGUGAUGUGAACUAAAACUCCAGGAUAACAAAAAAAACACCCGACGACUUACAGAAAGAGCAGAAACUCAUGUGGAAAUGUCCUCUAAUUGGCUAAUUGGGAAUGAUUUUUGGACAAACUCUUGUGCUGUUUUGAUCUGGUAGCAUUCAGAGGUGGGAGGAAAAACACAGAAACAAACAAACAAACAUAAAGACAAAGUGGGAGAGAAGGAAUAUCACCUCCUAUGAAACUGAUCUUACUCGGGAUUUCAGUGAGAAGCCUUCCACAUGGCGGGGAAGGACUACAAUCAUCUCUUUAAGCUGCUCAUCAUUGGAGACUCCAAUGUGGGGAAAAGCAGCCUUCUGCUGCGCUUUGCAGACAACUCCUUCUCUGGCAGCUACAUCACCACCAUCGGCGUCGACUUUAAGAUCCGAACAGUGGACAUCGACGGGGAGCGAGUCAAGCUGCAGAUCUGGGACACGGCGGGACAGGAGAGAUUCAGAACCAUCACAUCAACGUAUUACAGAAACACACACGGUGUCAUUAUUGUUUACGACGUGACGAAUCCGGAGUCGUUUGUAAAUGUUAAGAGGUGGUUAAAUGAAAUCUCCCAGAACUGUGACAGCGUCUGCAAGAUCCUGGUGGGAAACAAGAACGACGACCCUGCCAGGAAGCAGGUGGAUACCCAGGAUGCAAUGCGUUUCGGGGAGUCGGUGGGAGUUCGAGUGUUCGAGACGAGUGCCAAAGAGAACAUAAACGUAGAAGAGAUGUUCAUGGCCUUCACCCACAUGGUGCUCCGGGCCAAGAAGCAGAGCCAGAACCGAGCCGAGAGGGAACGAGAGCGGGAGAAAGACACGGUCAACAUCAACGCGCAGAGAGACCGGGACCGCAGGAAGAGAGGGAAGAAAUGCUGCUGAGACCCAAAACGAGACACCAAAAGCCACGACGGCGCUGUCGCUUACCGCUCGCACAAAAAAAAAGAAAAAAAGAAAAAAGCAUUCAAACAAGAUUGGGAAACCCCGUGCCUUAGGAGAGAAAAGUGUUUCAAACUGCAGACGUGAAUGUUAGAAACUGUGCGGUUCACUAUUUACUAUGCCAAGUUAGACCACAAACAGGCUGCAGGUCACCGAGGCCGAGGGAUUCAGUCUGUCAGCGCUGACUGCAUGCCGAGUUAAAGGACCAGUCUGCUGGGUUUUGUUGUUUUGUUUUUUUUUGCUUGAUUCAGCCUCUUUUACUACAAGAUCACAUUUAACGCAGCCGCAGUGUUUCAGGCGGUUUAGUUGUUGGAGGACGGAGGAGUCGGUUUCUCUCUUCUCGCCUCUACAGCCAGAAAUCUGCAAACCAACAUCCCAGAUCCUCAGGACAUAUGAUCGAGAGGAUGAGUCUUGAUAUUUCAGAUGACCUCUGACCUUUUCUUUAGCUAACAUUCCCACUAAAACACAAGAAAUCUGUCGUCAUGAAAUGUACAUCUCUAAGAACAGUUAAAUCCUCCGUUAAUCAUUUUAUUGAUUAAACAUCAGAAAACAGGCCAAACACACCAGAAUCAACAUAAUAUCCUGUUUAUUUCUACGUGAGACAAAGAAAAGCUGAAAUUUGAUAAAUUUGACUUAUUAAUGAUCAAAAUCGACUUAAAAUUUCAACCGUAGUUUUCACAAGUCUCCGCUCAGACUGUCAUGAAGUUCUGUGUGGAGACAUAAUCAUAUUUUCCAGACUAUUAGUCUCAGUGACCUUCAGACAAGGACAAACUACAGUUUUAUCCAGCUUGUUUGAGACUCCAGAAACGACUAAAACCUCACUUUUAUUCUCAGUGAAUCAUUUAGUUUAUUUAACAUCAGAAAAAAGGUCAACGUCAUCAAAUUUGGG